AUGUCUACAGGGGAUUUGUUUAAAGUCACUGUCAUCAACCACUUGGAAAGUUUGGAUGAUAACACUCAGUCCCGAUUGUAUGCGGCACCUGCGACGUGCUUGUCGAUAUAUCGGUUGCUACCGCCAAUGGCCAAGUUUCACAUCAUGCUGAUGCUUUUCUACGAGAAGAACGUAGCCAUCAAAGAUUUGGAGAAAUGGAGUAAACCAAAUACCAGACACCUCCAGAUCGAGUCCUUGGAGAGAAUGAGAUCCUUACACUUGGUGCAGUUGUCGGAGUCCGGAAAGUAUAUUCGUUUGCACCCUAUCUUCAAAAAGAACUUUGCUGAUUGUUUGACAGGUAAUCAAGCUCCUGAUGCAUUUGGGAACUUGGACACAACUGUUGAAAAACAUACAGUGGACUUAAAGUUCUUGGACACAUUUGCAUCAACAAAAUGGGAGACCAUUUUGCACUAUAUGGUGGGGACGGAAUUAUCUCUGACACCUAGUAGGUCAGUAUUGAGAUUGUUAAAACUGGGUGGAUUAAUGGAAGGAAAUUCUGACUAUGCCCAAGAAUUAAAGAUCACAAACAAAGGGUUUCAAUUCUUGUUGCAGGAUAUUAAUGCACAAAUAUGGACAUUAUUAUUGCAGUAUUUGGAUUUGACUUUGGAGUUGCAAAUGGAUGCAGUGGAUGUUCUUAAUUUCAUAUUUUUGCUUGGAUCUCUAGAGCUAGGAAAGAGCUACAGUGUUUCUGCCUUGAGUGAUACUCAGAUUGAAAUGCUCUCUGAUCUAAGAGAUUUUGGAUUGGUAUAUCAGAGAUCUGCGACCUCAAACAAGUUUUAUCCAACUAGAUUAGCCACCACUUUGACUUCUGAUUCUAAUUCUUUACAAACUCCUUCCAUGGCCAUAGACAAAGCCAACUCGGGUAUUGAUUCAACCGACUCCAAGCAGAGACAAGAAUCCAUCAUCAUCGAAACCAACUUUAAAGUGUAUUCGUAUACCCAAAGUCCUUUGGAAAUUGCCAUAUUAAAUUUAUUUGUUCACCUAAGAACAAGAUUUGCUAACAUGGUGACCGGCCAAAUCACAAGAGAGUCGAUAAGGAACGCAUUAUAUAAUGGUAUAACUGCCGGACAGGUCAUUAAGUUCUUGGAAACUCAUGCCCAUCCUCAGAUGAAAAUGCUAGCGCAAGAAAAGCUUGAUAAGAAGAUAGAGUUUGAUGCCAGCAACAACAUCAACACUGCUACUGGCAAAUCUACAGACGCUCCGAUGCAACACAAACUUGAAAUAUUACCUCCCAACGUUGUUGAUCAAAUUAAGUUGUGGCAGUUGGAGUUGGACAGAAUUCAAACUUUCGAUGGGUAUUUGUUCAGAGAAUUCAACAACCAAAUAGACUAUGAGUCCUUGAGGAACUAUGCCAGCGAAAUCGGUGUGCUUGUUUGGUCUGACGAUAAGAAAAGAACAUGUUUUGUGACAAAGGAAGGAUUAAAACAAGUUUCUAAUUUCUCUAGUAGAAGAAGAUAA